UUUCUUUCUUUUUCUUUUUUUCUUUCUUUCUUACUUUAUGGGCAACCAAGUCUCUUCAAAAAAAAGGUCUAAUGAGAAAUCGAGUAGAAGUCUUGUGUCAUUAACAGAAAGUUCCAACAACAUUUCAACAUCCUCUUCAUGUCAACCAAAAUUUCCAAUAGAAUAUGCUUAUCCACAUAAUAAAGAGGAAGCCAAUCGUCAGCAGAGUCAACACUAUCUAUUAAAACAUUUAUUUCAAGGAAGUUACUUUGCGCCAGUAGAGGAAGCACUUUCAAACCCUGGAAGUAAAGCACUAGAUGUUGGAUGUGGCGCACACGCUACAUGGAUACUAGAUAUGGCAAUUGAUUUCCCAAACUGCCAGUUUUAUGGCUUUGAUAUAGCUGAACCCAUUCAUUUAAGUGAAAUAGAGUUAAUACAUAUGCCAGUUAAUUGCCACAUUGAAAAGGCAGAUUUAUUUGAUGGAUUUAACUAUGAAUCAAACACAUUUGAUUAUGUUCAUCAAAGAAUGAUGUAUAUUGUAUAUCCCUCAGAUAAAAUACCUUGGAUGUUUCAAGAAAUAUUACGUGUUACUAAACCAAAUGGGUGGGUUGAACUUAUAGAACCUGAUGUUAUACCAAAAAGAGCUGGCCCUCUUUUUUCUAAAUUCAUAAAAGCAUUACAACAAUUUCUUAGGGAUAGACUAGGCCACGUACUUCAAGGAAGGAAUCUCGUCAACCUUAUGAUUGAAGCUGGUUUUAGAGAAGUAAAAUCUGAUUAUGGUUCACUUCCGUUAUGCUGGGGAGGUUAUAUAGGCAAAUUGUUUUAUGAGGAUAUGUUGGUCGUAUUUCAACAUCUUGGCCCCAGCUUAUAUGAAUAUAUGGGAUUGGAUGGAGAAUACAAUAAAGACAGCUAUGAAGCAUUAUUAGACACAGCAUUUGACGAGUGUGUGGAAUAUCAAACUUUCUUUAAUGUUCGAUGGGCUUAUGGCAAAAAAGUUGUAUCUUCUGCAGCAUAACAACGACAAUAACAACAAGAAUAAUAACCAUCAAAACUAUAGAUUCCUUCCUUUACUUUACAUUCCUUUUUUCUUCUUCCUUAUUUUUAUAGACAACUGUAGAUACGUUACAACUAAAAACUUUUUUAUAUAAUAAUAAUACAUGCUUUUUUUUUUUAUUAUUUCGUUCUGAGCUCCAAAGGUUAAGCCGGUGCCUUGGAUCUUGAUCUGAAUCGCUUUUCCACAAUGGGAAAUAAUCUGUGUGAAGCUUACAUACUCAGCCCAG